GGGUCUGAAUAAUGAAUCACUAGACGUAUUAUAUUUUCGCGCACUGGUGGGGCGAAGCGGUCGGCGAUUUCCUCGUCGGCCGUCGGUUUUGUCGGAUGGAGAAAGAGGAGUAAAGGUGAGGGGGGAAGAACGAUGCGAUUGUAGUGGGCACUUUAUGUGGAUUUCGCUGUGCCAUCGACAUGGGAUCCAAUUCUCCACUUGCAGGUGCUCCACCUCCAAAGCCCUGGGAAAGAGCUGGUGGUUCAUCAGGUCCUGGGCCAUUUAAGCCCCCAUCUUCUGGCAGCACUAGUGAUAUUGUUGAAGCAUCCGGCACUGCAAAACCUGGUGAAGUUGUUCCAACCAUUGACAGGAAUGUCACUACUACCAACAGUACUCUAACAAUGCCUGUUCCAGCAAGGCCAUGGCAAACCUAUGGUGCCAAUUAUGGAGGUUAUGGAUCAAGUAUAUACAAUUCAAGCUAUGGUUCUAACAUGUACAACUCCUAUGGGGGUCUUGGAUCAUAUGGCAGUCUUUAUGGUAACAAUAUGUACUCCAGCCAUGGGGGUUUGUAUGGAGGUUCUGGAAUGUAUGGAGGUGGCAUGUACAAUAGCGGUUUUGGUGGCCCUAUAGGCGGUUAUGGUAUGAGCAUGGGAGGUCCUUAUGGUAACCAAGAUCCAAAUAAUCCAUUUGGUUCCCCACCAUCCCCGCCAAGUUUCUGGAUGUCCCUUCUUCGUGUGAUGCAAGGCGUUGUGAGUUUCUUUGGUCGAGUUGCUAUACUCAUCGAUCAGAAUACUCAGGCCUUUCAUUUGUUCAUGACUGCUCUUCUCCAGCUUUUCGAUCGAUCUGGAAUGUUAUAUGGCGAGCUUGCGAGAUUUGUAUUCAGGAUACUGGGCUUCCGAACAAAGUCUAACAAACAGAAGCAACUGGGACAGGGCGAAUUGCUCGACCGUGCUGGCCAGAAUUUCCUCAAGGGCCCUAAGACUAGUGCUUCAUGGGAUAAUGUUUGGGCUGACAAUAAGAAGGGGCUUUCUUAGACAGACAAUGGUGAAUAAUAAAACGGCAUGUUACUUUCCUUCUAAGACCUGCGCAAUAUUUCCCUUUGUAAGAAAGGAAUGACAGCAUAUGGUUGGAGCACUGUGUCACAGACGACGUAAAACCUGCACCUUUCAGUUUGUCUUGGUUUAGUAAAUAAAAUAUUUAAUAUUUUGCUGUCGAUCGUCAAA